AAAAAAAUAAUCGAAAACUCGUGAAUAAAUUCAUUGCCAAUAAAAGCCUCUGCUUCUACUCGUAUAUAAAUCGAUUCAAAGGACAUGGCCGUAGUACCAGCUUAUAACACCGACUAUGAUUCCUGGGAUUAUAGAAGACGAAUGUGGAGAGAUUGGGACCUUGUCGAUUGGGAUGUGCCAUCAUGGUCACGCAUUGCAAGGAUGCGAUCCAUGCCGGAUUUAAGUCGUGUCACCGUCGGUAAAGAUGGUUUCGAGGCAAAUAUCGAUGUGCACCAAUUUAAGCCUUACGAAGUGACUGUUAAGACAGUUGGUGAUACAAUAACAGUCGAAGCCAAACACGAGAAACGUCGAGAUGGGGAUAAUUUUAUUGGUCGUCACCUUGUAAAGAGAUUCGUCUUGCCAAGGGGAUAUUAUCCGAAUGAUGUUUCUUCGUCAUUAUCAUCGGAUGGAAUAUUGACUAUUAAGGCACCACCUCCAGCUGCUCAUGAAAGGAUUGUUUAUGUUCGACAAACUGGUCCAUCAUAUUUGAGUAUUAAAAAUUAAAAUUAAAUCGGUUUUUGUUUUUAUUUAACAAGGAGAAAGGUGCGUGUGUGUUUAUAUUUUUUUUUUAAGAAAAAAAAAAGAAAA